AUGUCGAGACACCGCAUUAAAGACGUCGGCUACGAAGACGACGAUUACUACUCUGAUGACGGGUAUGCGUCGCCAGACCCCGAGGAGCAGGAGUUCUUGCAACAAUGCACUUCUGCAGUUUUGUCCCAGCUCAGUGCGGGGCAACCCUCGGUGACCGCUACGAAAGAAGAAGUCCAAGAAGCAUUAUGGCAUUACUAUAAUGAUAUUGAAAAAUCUGUGAAUUAUCUGAGGGGGAAGAAAGAAAAGGAGGCUGUAAAGCAGAAGCCGAAGGCAGCAGUGCCCGCGUUCCCCGCUUCUUUUCCCACGGCACAUUUCUCGGCGGCGGACUUCUUUCGCGACUGUCCCUGGCUCAACGUUCCCUCUCAUCGGAAGGCGGAAAUAUUGAUCGAGCCUCUCUACCCGCGUUUGGGGCUCUUGGGUGGUGCACCAGAGAAUGGCGGCAAGGUCUCCAAAUUGGCGGCUUUAGCUGCUGCUCGAAAGAAGAAGGAGGGCGAGAAAGCUCCAACUCCGGCCGGGACUCCAGAUGCGUCUUCUUCGCCUAAGCCCUCGCACGCUCCAUCUCCAGACCCUCAGGCGCCAUUAUCUCUUCGGGAAAGACUUGCCGCAAGUGGAAAAUCUACGUCGAAACUCUCUGAGGGAUCUGGACUACGACGCUUGGGCAAAUCUAGCUCCUCGUCUUCUUCAUCUUCCUCUGCGCCAAAAGAGCCUCAGCCUGAGCUCAAAUCUCCCGAGCCACUACCUGAACCAGUGGAUGAUUCCAAGGCAGAGUCUGAGCCCCAAGAAACAGCUCCCAAUAUUCGUGCCUCGCCCUCUACCUUUGCCAGUACCAUUGUUGGGACAGCGGGCCCGACAACAGCCGAGCCAAGCCACUUGCACUCGAAUAGUGCCGACCUAUUAAAGCUAUAUGGACAGGAUGCUGAACCUUUUGACUUUGCAGCCCCCAGCCCCGACGAUGUCGUUCUGAAUGCACAGAGCACAGCGAAAGGAUUCAAAUCGAACACGUCGAAAUCGGCUGGGAAGAAAGGCCAGUCUGAUCUAGCAGGUGGCAUGAAGGAUCUAUCAGUGGAGGAGAAAGUGACUGUCAAGAGCAAGAACCUGGAUGUUCUAGCAGAGUACAAGAAGUCCAAUCGCAAGCGGUCGGCUAAUUUUGUUGUCAUUGGUCAUGUUGAUGCUGGGAAAAGUACCUUGAUGGGGCGUUUGUUGGCAGAUCAAGGUGCUAUCGACAAAAGGACUCUCGACAAGUAUCGGCAAGAAUCCGAGAAGAUUGGUAAGGGCUCAUUUGCGUUGGCUUGGGUUCUGGACCAAGGAUCAGAGGAAAGAGCACGGGGCGUGACAAUAGAUAUUGCCACCAACAAGUUCGAGACCGAGAAAACAGCUUUCACGAUUGUCGAUGCACCGGGCCAUCGUGACUUUGUGCCAAACAUGAUCGCUGGUGCCAGUCAAGCGGACUUUGCAGUCCUAGUGAUCGACUCCAGUGUUGGCAAGUUUGAGUCUGGCUUGAAGGGUCAGACCAAGGAACACGCUCUAUUAGUACGCAGCAUGGGUACCCAGAAGAUCGUGGUGGCUGUCAACAAGAUGGAUGCUGUGCAGUGGGAUCAUUCUCGCUUCGAAGAGAUUGAGCAACAGAUUUCCUCCUUCUUGACAACCGCAGGCUUUCAAGAGAAGAACAUUUCUUUCGUACCUUGCUCGGGUGUUCUCGGUGACAAUAUAACUCGUCGCAGCGAAGAUCCUCAUGCCUCUUGGUACUCUGGUCGAACAUUGAUCGAAGAAUUGGAGGAUUCAGAGCCCUACACUCACGCCCUCGAAAAGCCGCUGCGCAUGACCAUCGGCGAUGUCUUCCGAGGCGGCGUACAAAACCCACUCUCCAUCUCUGGUCGUCUUGACGCGGGCAGUUUGCAAGUUGGUGAUCAAAUCCUGACAAUGCCCAGUGGUGAAACAGCCAUGGUGCGCAGUAUCGAGGUAGACAGUGACCUAAGUGACUGGGCUGUUGCGGGCCAAAAUGUUGUCUUGCAUAUCGCCAACAUCGACCCGAUCCAUCUUCGGUCUGGUGACGUUGUUUGCCGUCCUUCUUCUCCGAUUCCUACCAUCACUACCUUUACCACCAAGGUUCUGGCUUUUGAACAUCUAAUGCCUAUGCAGGUGGACGUUCACCGUGGUCGUCUUCAUGUCCCUGCUCGUAUCAGCAAGCUGGUUGCUUCACUGGACAAGGCAUCAGGUGCAGCUAUCAAGAAACGGCCCAAGAUUGUGGCUCCUGGUACUGUUGCUCGAAUUGUGGUGGAGAUGGAUCACGCUGUGCCACUGGAAGCCCCCACGAGGAUUGUUCUACGUUCAGGUGGAUCAACGGUGGCCGCUGGAUUAUUAGAGUAG